GUUCCGGGGACCUGGGAAAAUGGAGGUACAAAAGCAACUACGCCCGGUCUCAACAUCUCAUCGGCCCUGACCAACAGCGAGCACACAUUUCACGAUGAAGCCCUCUCAAAUCCUCCCUUGUCUCGUCGGUGUGGCCUCUGGUGCAUGCACGCAGAACCAACACGUCGUCCGCAAUGGCACCGAGCUCUCGCUAGGCGGCGAGCCUUGGCGUCCCGUUGGAGGCAAUGCGUAUUGGCUGGGUCUGGACGAGAACAUUGUGCCGCCACCUCCAGGCGAGCCCUUUGACGCGAGGACAAACAGCAGCUACCCAACGCGUGGACGGAUCACCGAGGCUAUGGAGAUCAUCCGCGCCAUGGGCGGCACAAUGCUUCGAGUCCACACCCUCGGGAGCAACAUUGGAAACCCACUCUCGCUCCUCCCGGGCAACCGAGUCAUCAAUGAAAAGGCGUUUGAGACCAUGGACUGGGUCGUGUCUGAAGCUCGCAGGCACGGUGUGCGGCUGAUGGUGCCCCUAGUAGAUCAUUAUGACUACUACCACGGCGGAAAGUACAACUUCCUCCGCUGGGCAGGCUACAACCUCACCUUUGCUGAGAACCCCGAGGAUCCGCUCAUCAUGGAGUUUUACUACAACCAGUCCAUCGUCACCGACUUCAAGUGGUACAUUGAACGUCUCCUCACGCACGUCAACCCGCUCACCAACUUGACCUAUGCGGAGGACCCGACCAUCUUCGCCUACGAGAGUGGCAACGAGCUGUACGGUGAUAAAUGGGGCGACAAGAACUGCCCGACGGAAUGGGUUCGUGACAUUGGUCGUUUUGUUAAGGACUUGGCCCCCAAGAAGCUCUAUGUUGACGGAACAUAUGGCAUCAACGCGGACCACUUUGCGGUUGAAGAGGUCGACAUCUUCUCCGAUCACUUUUACGGGCCCGAUGUAGCGAGACUACAGGAGGGCAUCGACCUCGUGGCGGACGCCGGGCGUACCUACUUUGCUGGCGAGUAUGACUGGACUGGUGGUUCAGGGGAUGACUUGAAUGAGUUCUUCCAGGUUCUGAGAGAGAGCCCCAUUGCGACUGGUGAUGCUUUCUGGAGUCUCUUCGGGCGGAACUCCCCCAACUGCCAGCAAUGGGUCAAUCACACCGACGGAUUCACCCUGUCGUACGGCAACCCGGAGAACUCGCCCGAGCUGACAAGUCAGAUUCAGCUGGUACGUCAGCACCUCACGCUGGUGAGUACAGGAGAGGACAUUGGCUCGGAUGAUCCUCUGCCCGACGUGCCGUGCGUUUGAGUGAUUGUCAUGUCGAGUGGUGGGCAAAGGAAUGGAGGUUGUCGAUAGAUUCUGUUGGAAGGUCUGUUCCUGUUGUGAAAGAGAAAGAUACAUUUCCGUGGCUACAA